AUUAAGUCAAGAAUUUUUUUGUUUUGUUUACACUCGAAAAUGACCAUAAAAUUAUUUUUACCAGAAAAUUUAUUUUAUAUUAAAAAAAGUUGUGAUAUCUAUGGAGAAAUAAAAAUUGGCGAACAGAAUUGUAUUUCCUAUUAUAUUACAAGUGCGGUGGAUAUUAAAAGACCCUUGAUUAAUUAUGAGACAGAUGAUUAUGAUAAAGAAAUACAAUUUACCAACGAGUUGCGGCAUUUGGGUCAUAUAGUUAAUGCAACCGAGAGUUCCCAGUUGCAUCACAAAGAUGUGGCAUUAGUUUUUGUUUAUGAUGCCGAAACACCAAACAUUUAUUUAAAUAAAUUGAGUAUUAAACCGGCACAACGAGAUAAAGUCAAUGUGUUUCUUUACAAUGAAAAAUCCAUACUGAAAUUGCAAGACUUAAAUGAAAAUCUAAAUAAAACUGGUCAGCAAUCAGUUAACAAUAAUGAAGACGAUGCAGAAUUAAAUGUGGAAACUGAUAUUUGUCCCGAUGACGAUAUGCACAUGUUAUAUCAAUUGUUGCAGGCAAAAGACAAAUUUAUAUUGGAGCAUGAUGAUGGUGAUGUAGAUGAUAAAUUUAAACGUUUUGUGGGCUAUUUAAUAACAGUUCCAUUUGAUGCUUUUAUGUUGAUAUUUGGAGUUUGCAUGACACAACCACCUUUCAGGUUUGUGUUCCAGUACACGGUUAUGUGUGACUAUUAUAAGGAAUGGUUAAAAUUUAAAAAGUCGGGAAAACGAAAUUAUAAUAUUGCCCUUGAUACCUUACUGGGGCUAUGCAUCAAUAUAUUAUUGAUAUUAUAUAUAGAAAACCCUGGGAACUAUAUAAUUGCAGCUUCCAAUUCUGUAGUAACCAACUUCCGUCUACUGUUGCAGUCAUUGCAAGGCUCUCCAAUAGGAUUAAAAUUAAAUGUACAACUAAAUAAAUUUUUAUUGGAUUGUUUUGGUUAUCAUGUGGAAUUGUGGGCAACAUUUUUAAUUAUAAUAGAACCUUGUAUUAGGCAAUUAUUCAUACCCAUUAUAUUGCUGGGCUUCAUAGGCUUCUCAUACCAAUUGGCGCUUUUAACAGAUUUGAUAUCGGUAAUGGGCUUACAUGCACAUUGUUUUAGUAUAUAUGCAGCAGUAUUAUAUAAAGUAGAGAUUAAGGGCUUGCAGGUGUUGUGGAAAGUAGUUUUGGGAAAACGUAAAAAUGUGUUAAAAAAUCGUGUAGAGUCACAUAAUUAUAUGAAUCGUCAAUUGUAUUUGGCUACGGUAUUUUUUACCUCUCUACUUUUCCUUUUCCCUACAGUGCUCACUUACUAUGUGGUAUUUACUUCGUUACGUCUUUGCAUUAAUUUAGUUAAUUUUAUGCUAAAAUAUAUGCGUAGAUAUAUUUUGGAAUUUCCUAUGGAAAUGUUAUUACGCUGGUGUAUGGGUAAUUUUUAUGAUACUGAUUCUUUACAAUUAGAGUUUGUACAUCAUACACCUUCGCCGUUACUACAACCUGUAGCGCAAAUACAAAUGUGUGUUUUCAAAUUAUGUGUUCACUCCUCAUCGAUAGGUCGGGUAUUUUCAUGUCAUAGUGGAAUCCUGCAAGAGUUAGUAGCCAAAGAAGAAAACUCCAUUAAAAGUGUAUGCCAAAGAAUAUUACAAGGAACAUUUUAAGAAAAGCCGAAAACAA